AUGCCAGACCAAGUGGAAACCGCAAGUUCGAGUGGAAAGAGCUCGGAAGCGGCUUCACAUCGGCGUGUGACAAGCUGGCUCACCUCUUCGAUUCGUCGCAGUGCAACUACAGUGGCUUCGCAGGCCAUGUCAUUUCAUUGGCACCGUUCGCACGGCGAGCCGUCAGCGAAGGUCGUUGCGGAUGCCCCGCCUCCGGAGCGGCAGAGGUUAUUCCGCAUCGUCGGUACGCCGAUGCACUUCCAGCUGCCCACCGGCUACAAGCAAGCGUUGGCAGAACUACUGUAUGCUGCAGCGUUGAUGCGAACAACGCAGUCCUCGGAGCGACACGACGGUAUCGUCACAGAGCAGGACGUCUCAUGGUUUCUUCGAAGCCGUUACCGAAUAAAAGCGUUCGCACUGGAAAAGCAGCAUCAAGAAGAGGAAAAUCUGUUACGGUUUGCGGACACAGAGGCGCUGUUUGAACUGGUAAAACGUUGCCAGCUCCUCGAGUCUGAACGCAGUUUCGAAGCCUGGCGCGAUCAAGCUGCCGCUACAACACCGCCAAAUCACGACUCAACCCUGAUUCUAGACACAACCGUGGUUACGCAGCGUGCACAAUCCCCAGUUGCGAGUAGCAGGAUUGAGGACGAAGAGGCGGCUCCUCAGACGAACAAGGGCGACGCGUGCGCUGGUGAGCGCACUGGCCACCCGGAACCGGAGACCAUGCCACCCACGAACCCCGAGCUCGACUUGGCAGAGAUUGCCGCGGAACUAUUCGGGCCCGAACUAUGGCGAUGCUCUCUGUGGCAUUCACGAAUGCAAGCAGCCGCCUCCGGAAUGCGUAACCGUGUCUCUAUCGAGCACACCUUUGAUAUCAACGACGAUCUCGAAGUGCCUGAUGUCGCUAUCCGACUGGCGUUCGAGGCACUCGCGGGCGGCGACGAGGAUGCCGUCCUCACACCAGAGCGGCUUCGCGCCUACAUGUACCGUGUUGGAGAGAAAAGCCUCAUACCACUCGUGGGCCUGCUUUUUGCAGAGAUCGGCUCGGACAAGUGCGACUUGGAUACAUUUCGUUCUCUGCUUGUGGCAGACUAUUUUGAGCUGGCGAGCAUUCACGGCGGCCGAGGCGGAGCCGACGGUUUCUACGUCACUGAGAGCGAUGGUGUCGGAACUGCGACGUACUUUGAUGAUUGCGACGCAGCCUUUGAAGCUUUCACCGGGGUGGAACUCGAACGCGAUAUCCCCAUAUCAGAACUGGCUAUCAUCCGCGAAGUGGCCGAAAGCGGAGGCUCGGUUGCGCUGGUACCCGGCGAAGAGACGCUGCUCACCAUGACAGACUUUCAUAGCGGGUGUCACGAUGCGGAAACUGCGGAGCCGACACCCGAAGCAUCGACCCUGACUCCAGAGCCGAGCUCGACAGUCUCAAGCGGCGCGUCGACACCCCAGCACCGGAAAAGCGACAACGACGAGCAUCGACUGCGCAGCCGUGGCAAGAGCUUCGCGCAGACGACCUCGAAGCAGCUCCGGAAGCAAGCCCAGCGAGUCGUGGAUGUGGGUAUGCGCAUGGUUCGUGACUCUCAGAAGGUCCUCGACAUGGUGCUGGACGAUGCGCGCUCCCUGAGCUACACCAUGCUCGUCUUUCUUUUCUUUAUUCUAACAGUUGUAACGUACGGGAUUGCGCUGUUGUACGUGGUCGACCUGGCGUGGAAAUGUAGCUCAACGGUCUGUGUCAUGGCACGAGUCGGUUAUUCGUGGAUCAUGACGCUGUUGCUCAGUGUGAUCGUGGGCCUCAUCAUUCUGGUACCGCUGAACAUGGUGAACUGCCGCCUGUCGACGCCCAUGUCCGCGCUAAUCUCCGCUUGGGUAACGAUAGUUUCUACGUUUGUGCCUUUUUUCGUCACCUGGUUCCUGGUGCGCAUCAACUGGGGCAGUUCCGAGUUUUCGCGGCUGCGUACGGACCUGCGUUCGGGACCCUAUUCGGCGCUGAUGAUUGUUACCACAAUAUUCGGGGGCAUCUGUCUAUUCUAUCAGGCAUAUCUGGCUAUGGUCCAAUCGGCGUUGUUUCGGACCCGAAUUCCAUGGUUUCGCUCGAGUUCGAGGUGGAUCCGGAGGCCUCGUUUCCAGCGGGUAUCCGAGCAACUUCUCCCCUGGGGACGACGCAAGACGCUCAUGCUCAUGCGUGAAGCGAUCAGCUUGCAUGAGAAGAUGCGUCGGGCUGAAGAUCUCGGUGAUCUAUCCGUUUUUGUCGAGUUAGGUCAACCGCGUGAAAACUUUUUGCAAUAUGCGAAGCGCAAGUUUCUCUACGCAUGCGAGUCGAACCGUUUAAUUUGGACCGGUCGCUUACUGGAAAAGGAGGGUAUAGUGGUUCCUGCUCGCAUCCAGAUUGCUCAAAUUCUUCAGGUCAUUCUGAGUUGCGCUUCGUUUGCCGGUCUCAUUUGGUUUGCGACUUUCAUUGUGAAUGUCGGCUGGGUGGUACGCGGCACACGCAUCUCACCGACACCCUGGGUCGUCUAUGUGUCGUUCUCGGUUGGUGCGGUUGCUGGCCUCGUGGUGACGCUGGCGGAGAGCUUCAUGAUGCCGGGGAAUUACCGCAAGCUGAACCAUGCGUAUCGGUCCGGUCGUUACUCCCUGGUCGACCGCGAAUUCAUGGUCAACAAAAACAAGUUGCAUCGAGUGAGCUUCGUGGUGGGCAUGUCGGCGUGGUGCACGCUCUGGGGUUUCGCGCUCACGGCCAUUGUGAUCGGGGGCUCGCUCUUCCUGCUCACCUGGAGUCGCUCGCGCGUCAUUGCACUCGGUAUUGCGCUUACCUGGCUCGCGACGGGUGUCAUUUCGAUCACGAAGAACACCCUGGGCUACUGGAUGUUGAACCGAAUGGUAGCGACACAAUUAUACCGCCGGCGAGUAUUUGCGUUUAUCCUCACGGAUAUUGGCGAGUCGGCCUGGAUCCUCGCCAGCGGUAUCUGGUGGGUUAUCGGACGCGUCGUCAUCUACUUGCUCCUCUUUGCCUUGUACAUCGGGCGGAUCGACUCGAAUCCAUGGCGUAAGAAACUGUCCGUACUUGACGGAUUCACUGCGGCGUUCACCACGGUAGCACUCGCCUACGAUGCCCACCAUCAUCCGUUUGUGAAUCGACUCUGCACAUUGCUGCUGUUGCGAGCAUGUGCUUGGCGUCAGCGGGAUUCAAAUCACGAGCGAACCAAGGCGUCUGCGAAAAUGGUGACGCCGAACAGAACUGGAAAUGGAGUCGCUUCCGGAGCCGUUGCUGAGGACGCUGCGUCUGGUGGUAUACCGUAUACCUCGCCCGGUACGAGAGCAGCGCAUCCGCCGAUGGCUCCCAUAUGGCGACUGUUGCUCGUGCUUGCGCUCAUGCCCGACAUGGUAUGGUAUCGCGCAAGGACCCGAAUACACAGUGCUAUGGAGAGGCGCCAGGUCCAACAGGCCGAGCAAAAAGCAUCCCCGGCCUGA